UUGGCACGGAGUGAAUUAUUAAUGCCAGGAGAAGCACAAAAAGAAGAGGCAGUGCAGAUAGAGUACAAAAUAAACACGAAGAAGCUGAAGAAAGCAGCAAAUGCAUUCUAUAUAUCAAUGGAAGGAGCAAUAAAGAAUGCAAAAAUAUCAAGCGCAGAGGAACUACUAGAUAAUCUACUGAAAAAGCUAAACUCACUCCCAAUUACAUUCAUAGAAAUGAACAUCUCAAAUAGCCGGGCAGAAAAGGCUGUCAAAAGGCUUUUAAAAGAAAAGUUAAGGGAAAGCCUAGAAAUAGGUGAGCUGCACAAAGUAGCAUCUGAAGAGCUAAACAAGGAAAUUAUGGAUGAGAUGGAUAGUUCUUUUCUUGCAUCAUCUAAACCAGAAAAGACACCCAGAAAGAAGAGCAAGAAGACAAUGAAAGAAACAGUCUUCAAGUUAUUUGAGCAGCAAGCCGCAAUAACAGUAGAUGAAGCAGUAAGCCUAGGAUACAAAGCCAUAGCCAAAAAAGUUCUUUCACAGAAAGAAGUCUCACUGGCAGCAGAGAAAGCACAGAAUUCCCCCAUUAUAGUCAUCAAGGAGACUGCGCAUUGCUACAACCUCUUCAGAGAAGUAGGUGCUGUAUCAGUGAUAAUUGGUGGAAUUGAGCUGAUUUCUCUUUUUAUUUGCUUGGCUGCAUAUUAUUGGGGGUGGGCGUAA